AUUUCAGGCAUCUAAGCGACCCUCAUCCAGAUCACUGGGCUCCAAAAGCACACUGUAGCACCAGGAUCCUACAGCUAGCAUGGCCUCUGAGAAGAGACUUUCCGCGAGGCGUAAGCAUACUCUGAAAAGCUGUAUGCUGGUGGUGGCAGGCACUAUGCUGGAGGCUGAGGCAGAGGCGAAGGCUAAGGAGAGGGAGAGGUUCCUGUCAGAGAAGUGUCCUCCUAUAGAGCUGCCGCACUCCAAGGAAGAGCUGCUGGAACUUUGCAAGAAACUCCAUGAGCAGAUCGACAUCAGUGAGGAGGAGAGAUACUGCAUAGAGUUCAAACUGAACAUGACCCUGAACGAGGUCAAAGACCUCAACAUAAAGAUUGUGGAUCUGAGGGGGAAGUUCAAGAGACCCCGGCUGAAGAAAGUACGUAUGUCUGCCGACGCCAUGCUCAAAGCUCUGCUGGGCUCCAAACACACAGUCAACAUGGACCUGAGGGCCAACCUGAAGCAGGUCAAGAAGGAGGUCAAAGAGGAGGACAAGCAGCUGCGUGAUGUUGGAGACUGGCGUAAAAACAUUGAGGACAAGACCGAUAGGAAGAAGAUGUUUGAUAGUUAAAUGUGAUCUGUCUUUGACUGUUGGGCUUAAGAGUGGACAGAAUUCGGGUCUAAUGUCUUUGUAGCUGAAGAGUUUUACUCCAAAAUGCAGCCUAUCUGAUGUAAGCCUGCCUUCUUCUUUAACAGACAGCUGUGGAGGUUAGUCUGAUGACGGUGUGAAUCUAGAUCAUAGUGAGUUCUCUAGACAAGCUUCUAGCAUGGUACUGUAAGUGAUAAAUGGCCUUAUCUCCUCAGUUGGUUUGCACAUUUUUAUUCAGAGCAUGAGUCAAGCUUCACAAAUGUGUAUUUUGUAAAUGUCUGUAACACAGCUGAGGUAGAUGAGGAAGAGCUGGGCUAGUGUUUUUAGUUCUGGGAUUUUUGGAUAUCUCACUUUGGAACAAAACUCUUCGGUUAAAUCUUAGCCUCCUUCUGCUUCUGCCUGUAUUGACACUGUACUGUGAUGUAUUUGUAUUUUGAUGUUAGUCAGCACGUGAGUGGCGAAUCAAACCUUGUUUUGUAAAAGCUGAUUCAUGCUUCUGCAGUAAAAUGUGCCUGUACCUGUUAUGUUCCUUCUUCAAACCUACUGAUUAUGUAUUUUCAAUUUGCGCAUUAAGAAAAGUUGAGUGGAAAGAGAUUAAACUAAACUUCUUCUUCUUCUUCUUCUGCAAUGGUGUAAUGGGGAAUCAGCUCCACCAGAUGUUUAUCCAGAUGCACCUAUAGGUCCCACUAUUCACCAGCCAGCUGUGGAUAGAAACACACGCUAAUAUAAUUGUCUUUUGCCAUUUUGUAGUUUCAUGCAAGGAUCAAGUGUGGGUUGAGUUCAGGUUUGCUUGUUUUAAAAUGUAAUUUAUUAAGAAAUGUCUAUUUCACACUGUGGCUGUUGUCUAUGUUGAUACUUGUUGUGUUGCAUGUGAUGCAAGGAAAUACACUGUGCAAUGCCCAGUGUGAAGACAGAGGCCUUAACAUGACAAGCUGACGGUCGGAAGAUAAUAUAAAGCAAAAAGCCAAUGAUACAAAAGACAAGAGUCACCCACUGACUACUCCAACUCCAAGUAAUUCAGCCUACAGUUUGUGCUAAACAACAUCCUGGCAUCUUUUCCA